AUGGAAAAAGCAAAAUCUGCAGCAACCUUCGGAUAUUUUGGAGUGGGAAAGGUCAGGGAGGAGAGGGAAGGCAGCGGCGGGGGAGUUGACUGGGAGGGAAAGGUGACCGAUAUAAAAGCUGACACAUUACAAUUCAUCAACAAGUUGGUAAGCGGCUUCACCUCAGCUAACAUCGUCAUGAAAACUGCACUACUUGCCGUGUUGGCAGUCAACCUGGCGACCGCCUGUUGGGCUGCUCCGAAGGCCAGCGGUGGUGGAGGAUCUGUGGGCGGAGGCUAUGGCUCUGGUGGAGGUGGAGGAGGCUCCUUCGGCGUGGGAGGAGGGCUUGGCAUCGGUGGAGGCGUAGGAGGAUCCUUCGGUGGAGGAGGAGGAGCAGGGGGAUAUGGUUCUGGAGGAAGAGGGGGAGGAUCUGGCUCUGGAGGGGCCACUGCGACCAUCAACUUCAAUCUUGGAGCACCAAAAGGCUCCUCUGACGGAGGCUUCGGGGGUGGAUCUGGAGGUGGAUACAGUGGUGGUUCCAGUGGAAGCUUCGGAGGUGGACACGGAGGCGGUUCCAGCGGAGGAUUUGGCGGGGGCUUCGGGGGUGGUUCCUCAGGUGGAUACAGUGGUGGUUCCAGUGGAAGCUUCGGAGGGGGUUCCAGUGGAGGCUUUGGUGGAGGCUUCGGAGGCGGUUCCUCAGGUGGAUACAGUGGAGGUUCCAGUGGAAGCUUCGGAGGCGGUUCCAGCGGAGGCUUUGGUGGAGGCGGUUCCUCGGGUGGAUACAGUGGUGGUUCCAGUGGAAGCUUCGGAGGCGGUUCCAGCGGAGGCUUUGGUGGAGGCGGUUCCUCGGGUGGAUACAGUGGUGGUUCCAGUGGAAGCUUCGGAGGCGGUUCCAGCGGAGGCUUUGGUGGAGGCGGUUCCUCGGGUGGAUACAGUGGUGGUUCCAGUGGAAGCUUCGGAGGCGGUUCCAGCGGAGGCUUUGGUGGAGGCGGUUCCUCGGGUGGAUACAGUGGUGGUUCCAGUGGAAGCUUCGGAGGCGGUUCCAGCGGAGGCUUUGGUGGAGGCUUCGGAGGCGGUUCCUCAGGUGGAUACAGCGGUGGUUCCAGUGGAAGCUUCGGAGGUGGACACGGAGGCGGUUCCAGCGGAGGAUUUGGCGGGGGCUUCGGGGGUGGUUCCUCAGGUGGAUACAGUGGAGGUUCCAGUGGAAGCUUCGGAGGCGGUUCCAGCGGAGGCUUUGGUGGUGGCGGUUCCUCAGGUGGAUACAGUGGUGGUUCCAGCGGAGGCUUUGGUGGAGGCUUCGGAGGCGGUUCCUCAGGUGGAUACAGUGGAGGUUCCAGUGGAAGCUUCGGAGGCGGUUCCAGCGGAGGCUUUGGUGGUGGCGGUUCCUCAGGUGGAUACAGUAGUGGUUCCAGUGGGAGCUUCGGAGGGGGUUCCAGCGGAGGCUUUGGUGGAGGCUUCGGAGGCGGUUCCUCAGGUGGAUACAGUGGAGGUUCCAGUGGAAGCUUCGGAGGCGGUUCCAGCGGAGGCUUUGGUGGUGGCGGUUCCUCAGGUGGAUACAGUGGUGGUUCCAGUGGAAGCUUCGGAGGUGGUUCUAGCGGAGGCUUUGGUGGUGGCGGUUCCUCAGGUGGAUACAGUGGAGGUUCCAGUGGAAGCUUCGGAGGCGGUUCCAGCGGAGGAUUUGGCGGGGGCUUCGGAGGUGGUUCCUCAGGUGGAUACAGUGGUGGUUCCAGUGGAAGCUUCGGAGGCGGUUCCAGUGGAGGAUUUGGCGGAGGCUUCGGAGGUGGUUCCUCAGGUGGAUACAGCGGUGGUUCCAUUGGAAGCUUCGGAGGCGGUUCCAGCGGAGGCUUUGGUGGAGGCGAUUCCUCAAGUGGAUACAGUGGUGGUUCCAGUGGAAGCUUCGGGGGUGGACAUGGAGGCGUUUCUGGCUUCGGUUCUACUUCUGUGGGAGGAGGAUACGGUAAAUGAAUGCUUAUUCCUGUCAAGACGAAAGCAGCUAGUCUGAACUAUGGCAAUUCUGAAUAAAACUAUA